GAGCCGUGGACGUUUUUGGUAUGACGCAAUGUCGUACAGGCUGGCAGCAGUGUGAUUCAUUCGGAAGUUUAGAGAUGGCUUGGCUAUUUUGAUAGUUAAUGUAAACAAACAUGGCAGAUAUACGGAUUUUCGGCGAUCAUUCUGAUUUAUGAUAGUUGCCACAAUAACAUCCGACCAUGAAGCUGAUCCAUAAAGACAUUGAAAAAGAUAAUGCUGGUCAGGUCACAUUGGUGCCUGAGGAGGCUGAGGAUAUGUGGCACACCUACAACCUGCUACAAGUUGGUGACAGCUUGAGAGCAUCCACCAUCCGAAAGGUUCAGACUGAGUCUACGACUGGAAGUGUGGGCAGCUCCAGAGUGCGGACAACUUUGACUUUAUGUGUAGAGACAAUUGACUUUGACUCUCAGGCCUGUAAGCUUCGAGUAAAAGGAACCAACUUAGAGGAAAAUCAGUAUGUCAAGAUGGGGGCUUACCACACAAUUGAACUUGAGCUCAACAGGAAGUUCACGCUUGCCAAGAAAAACUGGGAUAGUAUUGACCUCGAUCGAAUUGAUCAGGCUUGUGAUGUGGCACAGAAGGCAGAUGUGGCAGCUGUUGUGAUGCAGGAGGGUCUUGCAAACCUUGUCUUGGUGACACCGGCCAUGACUCUGCUCAGAGCUAAAGUGGAGCUCACUAUUCCACGCAAAAGGAGAGGCAGCUGCACUCAACAUGAGAAGGCACUUGAGAGAUUUUAUGAGGCAGUGAUGCAGGCAAUUCUUCGCCACAUCAAUUUUGAUGUGGUAAAGUGCAUCCUUGUGGGCAGUCCUGGGUUUGUGAAAGACCAGUUUAUCACCUAUCUCUUCAAAGAGGCAGUUCGACAAGACAUUAAGAUUCUACUUGAAAAUAGGCCAAAAUUCAUGCUGGUCCAUGCAUCAUCAGGACACAAGUAUUCUCUUAAAGAAAUUCUUUCUGAUCCUGCUGUAACCAAUAGACUGUCAGAUACAAAGGCUGCUGGAGAAGUGAAGGCCCUGGAGGACUUCUACAAAAUGCUUCAACAUGAACCAGACAGAGCUUUUUACGGUGUGGCUCAUGUUGAGAAAGCGGCUGAUGCAUUGGCAAUAGAUACCCUGCUGAUAAGUGAUAAGCUGUUCAGACAUCAGGAUAUUGCAACAAGGAGUCGUUAUGUGCGACUAGUGGACAAUGUGAGGGACAAUGGUGGAAAUGUCAGAAUAUUUUCAAGCCUUCAUGUGUCUGGUGAACAACUGACUCAGUUGAGUGGAGUGGCAGCCAUCUUGCGAUUUCCCAUUGCGGAUCUUUCUGAGCCUGAGGAUGACAGCAGUUCUGAUGACAACUAAGAGCAAAGACUAGAAGGGAGAGUACAGAUAAGAAAAAAAACAUAAUCAGUGAAGUAGUUUGAUGUUUAAAAGCUACAGAGAAGUGGCCAAAAGUAUUUUGGAUUAUGUCCCUUGCCUUAAUACCACACCUGCAUUUUUCAUGAAGGUUUUGGUGUUAUGCCAAAAAGAACUGCAAAGUCUAAAUAAAACAUGAUUCAUUCAGUAAAAACAAUAUAACUAUACUGUAUCAUUU